AUGGCAUACGUUUCUGGUCCUGUUUUAAAACACGCAGCUACCCUUGGUGGUUUCCACAUUAAGAACAUCGUCUCUUACAUUCCUGUCCUUGCAUUCUGGGGCGUAGCAGCAGGUGCUGGUGUUGCUACCUUUACUGAAAACUGGCCUUUAUUCCAAAAGACUUUCUACACCAAGAUUCCAGUUAUCGGUAACCACUGGAUCCACGAAGUCGACCCAGAGGAUCAACCAUAA